AUGGGAGCCGGUCUAAUGUCGUAUGGAACCCUCGAGGUCUUUAUCGUGGGCACCUACGCGCAGACCAUCGUCGGUCUUGACGUACACGUAUCUCAGAAACCGAAGAUAGACCCCUGGUGGAUCCCGUCCGUCGUAUCGCUCGUUUGGCUGCUAUGUACCCUCUGCACUGCGAUGGACGUCUACACGGUUCUGUACUUCACGGUCAUCAAUCACGCCGUCUCGCUGUCUUCGGAAACACCACCUUGGAGUCUGUCUCUCCUAACAUCCAUCAUGACAUCGACUACAACAGCUGUGAGGCUCCUCUAUCUUAGCAGGAUAUGGCGAUUCCACCAGAAGAAGGCCGAAUGGAGUAUACUGCUCGUUGUCGACAUAGUCGUUGUGGCUGUGCUGUCUCUGCUCGGAAUAUGUGAGUUUCCGUACUACGACCUCGGCGAGACGGGGCUAGGUGCUGAUGCAAAGUUGUGCACAGCAGGAGGGAUUGUAAUAUCCGUCUACCGCUUUCAUCCACAAUCCAUGAAGAAUCCUUCCCACUUGAGGCGUGCGUUGGAAGCGACCCUCGCGGCGGGGAUUUGCGCGGAUGUGCUCCUGGUUGUCACCCUUUGCCUAUCGCUGUACAGGGCACGCUCAGGGCUCCGGAGAACCGACUCUGCGCUUACGCUGUUCAUCCUCUACACGAUUUACAAUGGUACGCCCGUCUUGAAUUCGGUCAGCGUGCGCCUACGAUUACAGGUUCCUUCCAACCUUGCUUAUCGCGUGGGUGUAGGUUGUUCGGCUCGCCUCUUUGGUUUCGUGUAUGCACACCAGGGACGCUCCUCUUUCCCCUUCUACAUCCAGAUAGGAAACCUGUUUCUCAUCGGCUUCCUCAACCACCGCAAGACCGUCCGCUCGCGGAUCCAGCGCGAGCUCGACCUGAACUACGACGCAUUUGACAUGGUGCCCGACAGCGCGACGUGCGCUUCGCCCCCGACGCGCGCGACCUCCUCCCGAGUGCCCUCGAACUUGAUCGGCAGUCCCAGUUCGUCGCAAGACGCGUCGGAGCCCACUCGGACGGGCAGCGUCCGCGCAGACGGGUGCUCGGAAUUGGUGGUGGACUGGGACACGGGCGACUCGGACGCGUCCAGCCGAUCGCAGGAGCGUGAGCGGGUGAAGGUGAACGCCGAGGACGAGGACGACAGGCGGGGUCGGACGCCAGCGGAGGCAAAUGUAUGGGUACCGCCCACACGCACUGCGCAGAUGGAUGUCGACUCGCGGAGACGUGGGUUCUACGGACAGUCGACGGCAUCGGACUCGUUGUGCUUGAUAGCAUGA